AUGGCAAACUACUACGACCUUCAAACCCCGCAACUUGAUGCUGUCAGUCCGGGAAACCGGCCUCGGGCUCAACAACCGACACCGUCCACUGCUGUCCACGUCGUCCGCUUCUUCAUUGUGCUUGGUAUCGCCGUGUUUAUCUUUGGUAACAUUGCAACCUGGGCGCCAAUGUACGAGCUCAAUCUGCUCAACACUAUGAUGGGGUGGUGGAAUGGCUAUCCGGGCAUGUCAUCCCCAAGCGGCCACCACGGCCACAUGGGCUUCAUCGUGGACACGGGUAUCGGUCGAAACAUCACGGAGAGUGGCCACACGGAGAUGAUCCGCCCCACCUUUCUCUUUAUCUUCUGCAUCUUUCCCUUCAUUGUCAGUGUGCUACUUAUCGAAUACUUGCGCCACAUCAAUACGGCUCGACGCUUGACAUCGACAUUGAUUUGGCGCUUUGCGAUGCUCAUGCGUCGUAAGCCCAAGUUUCCGGUAUUGGGUGUCUCUAAGUUCUCGGUAGGCGAGUGGCUCUUCGGUGUUGUCUACGUUCUCGGCGGCAACGGUCUUUGCUGGUAUUUCCAGUGGGACCGCCGCAUUGACUCUGCUACCGCAGCUGGUACACUCAACACGUCUAAGUACUGGAAUAUUGUUGGUAUCAGCUCGGCGUACCUGGCUAUUUACAACAUGGCGUUCCUACUGCUACCCGUCACGAGAAACUCGGGUUGGAUGGAAUUCCUUAACCUCUCGUACGCCAAUGGUGUCAAGUUUCACCGCUGGAUCGGAUUUAUGACAGUCAUCACCACCGUGGUGCAUAUGGCGGGCUACUGGGGCUACUGGGUCCGACUAGGCACGUGGCAGGUCAACCAGUUUCCUUGCACGAACUGCGACUUUGAGUUGGAUAACUCGGGAGGCGGUUACUAUGCGUGGUUUAACUUUUUCGGCUUCAUUUCCACGCUCGCGAUGAUACUUAUAAUCCCGACUUCGUUUCCUAUCAUCCGCCGCAAUGCUUAUGAGUGGUUCUAUAUCUCUCACUGGGUACUGUUUGCCAUCGCUGUGUUCUUUGCAAUCCUGCACUGGUCUCAGAUCAUCUGGUGGAUUCUGCCCUCGGGAUGCGUGUGGCUCGUUAGUCGGGCUACUUUCAGUUGGAACGCCAUGAACCCUGUUUUGGUGAAGGAGUUUUCAGUCAUCGGUGAUGGUGAUGACGAGUUGGUCAAGGUUGUUGUAAAACGUGCUGCCCCGGGAACGUCUCCAUCUGCAUCAUCUUACGACUACAAGGUCGGUAACUUUCUCUACUUGAACGUGCCUCGUGUCUCGAAACUCGAGUGGCAUGCGCUCACUAUUGCAUCGUCUCCGAAGUCAAGCCCCACCGACGUCAUUCUGUUUGUCAAGCCUAUUGGAGACUGGUCGAAGAGCCUAGUGCAGUACGCUAAGGAGUGUCACCAUAACAACAUCACGCCGCUGAUAUAUAUGGAUGGCUUCUAUGGUGCUUCGCUGGAAGUGUACGAAGACUACCCUACCGUAUGCUUGGUUAGUGGUGGAAUCGGCGUGACUCCUGUGUUAGCCAUUUUGGAUGACCUUGCUGCUAAACUGUCCAGCAAUGGUGUUUCGUGGACUCAGCGCUUUACUUUCAUCUUCACGUUUCGUGAGCUCAGUAUUUUUCAAGCUGUCGCGCCCUUGCUUGCCAAGCUUCGUCAGCAUGACCCGCACGAGCAGUUUUUCCGAGUUCAUCUAUUUGCGACAGGCAUUUACUCGGAAAGUGACCUUGGUCGAAAGUUGGAGAUCUCGCCUGCUAAAGAACUUCCGAACGAGGCAGCGAUUAAGUCUACUACGGGCCGUGAUGCUCGCCCUUUCUACGAGCCUCUGCGUUCAAGCAACAUGAUACGCUUUAUCAUGUAUUUGGUGCUCUACGUCGUAGCAAUUGCGGUUUUCUUCAACGUUCGAUGGGGUAACGGUGUCAUCCAGGGCGACAAUCACUUUGAGCUGUGGCCACUUCAGCGCGCCUUUGAGCUUGCAAUGUUUUGCUUGUCGAUUGUUGUGGUGCAUGGUUUUGUAUUGUACGAAUACGUGAUGUUCCGUCGCCGUUACGCAGUCACUGAGCCGGCACCAAUUUAUGCACCAGAAACUCCCGUAUCAAACAUUGCUGCUUUUGGAGGCGAUGUCCACACUGUCGGAGAUCUUCUUGACAAUUUCAACGUCGUGAUGGGCAAGCGCCCCGACAUGCAUUCUCUUUUGCAGCAGACACUGGAGGUCCACAAGAUGGACGAUAGCUCUGCGAGUUUUUUGCUACCUGUGAUUGGUGUCAUGGUAUCUGGUCCAAAAGCAUUAAAAAUGGCGACAAAUGAGGCCGUUUAUGCACUAAGUGGGGGGUAA